CGGUAAUUUCAAAGCCCUCAUUCUCUUGCUUUCUCCGCCCUUCAUCUUCCUAAAUUUUCGCUUCUCUCUUCUCUUCCCCAAUCUCCAUCCCUAAACUCCCCAUUGGAGAAUCAGAGAGAAACUCAGUGAAGCACUUGGGAAACAAACACAAUGUCUUUUUCGACAAUCAAAAUCAUUCAACCUGUUUCAGUUACUAGUACUAAAACUACAGCUAGAUCUCAAGAGAAAUCCCUUCUCGACCCUUUAAAAUCAAACAACAAUUCCUUCCUGGUUUCUACUAAUAAACUUCGUUCAAUUUCAUCCAAAUCGAAUUUUCCAUCUUUUAUUCGGCGAUCUUCUUCAAUUUCAGCCGUUUCCGAUGUCGUUAAGGAGAAAAAACUCAAAUCUAACUCCGCUAUCUCCAAUUUGUUGAUAACUAAAGAGGAAGGAUUGGUGUUAUAUGAAGAUAUGGUUUUAGGGAGAGCUUUUGAAGAUAUGUGUGCACAGAUGUAUUACAGAGGUAAAAUGUUUGGAUUUGUUCAUCUUUACAAUGGACAAGAAGCUGUUUCAACUGGAUUUAUUAAGCUCUUGAAAAAGGAAGAUUCUGUAGUCAGUACUUACCGUGAUCACGUUCAUGCAUUAAGUAAGGGUGUACCUGCUCGUGAAGUUAUGAGUGAACUCUUUGGUAAGGCUACUGGAUGUUGCCGUGGACAAGGAGGAUCUAUGCAUAUGUUUUCCAAAGAACAUAAUUUAAUUGGUGGAUUUGCAUUUAUUGGUGAAGGUAUUCCUGUGGCUACUGGUGCUGCAUUUACCUCUAGGUAUAAGAGAGAAGUUUUAAAACAAGCUGAUUGUGAUUAUGUUACAUGUGCCUUUUUUGGUGAUGGAACAUGUAACAAUGGACAGUUUUUCGAGUGUUUGAAUAUGGCUGCAUUGUGGAAACUGCCCAUCAUCUUUGUUGUGGAAAACAAUUUGUGGGCAAUUGGCAUGUCUCAUUUGAGAUCUACCUCUGAUCCAGAGAUUUGGAAGAAGGGUCCUGCUUUUGGAAUGCCUGGGAUACAUGUUGACGGCAUGGAUGUUCUCAAGGUAAGGGAAGUUGCUAAGGAGGCAGUUGACAGGGCUAGAAGAGGAGAAGGACCUACUUUGAUUGAAUGUGAGACAUACAGGCUUAGGGGACAUUCAUUGGCCGACCCUGAUGAGCUUCGUGACCCAGAGGAGAAGGCUAAAUAUGGUGCAAGAGACCCUAUCAAGGCCUUGAAGAAAUAUAUGUUUGAGAAUAAUCUGGUUACGGAAGUUGAGUUGAAGGCUGUAGAAAAGAAGAUUGACGAACUGAUUGAGGAUGCUGUUGAAUUUGCCGAAGCAAGCCCUCAUCCGGAACGCAGUCAACUACUUGAGAAUGUGUUUGCAGAUCCUAAAGGUUUUGGAAUUGGACCUGAUGGAAAGUACAGGUGCGAGGAUCCGAAGUUUACACAAGGGACUGCUCAUGUUUAGAAUGCUUCCAAGAUCUAUUGGACCAAAUAUAUAUCCUUCCACUGUUACUGCGACCUUAUGUGGUCGAUUUAGUUCAGGUGUUUGUUUUUCUUAGUAACAAGUUUGGCUUUUUUUUCUGUUCUACUGAAGCAGCAUUUGUUUGUCAGCUAGGUUUGCUUUCUUUUGUUCGUUUUCAUUUUGUCAACUUCAUUAAUAAGAACAUUUCUAGUUUUAUUCAUUUUAUCUUUGGUUUUGUUGUUAAUAUGACAGUUCUUAUCCUUGUAAGAUUAAAAAAAAUAUUUUUUUUCUG